AUGAGAAACCGUACAUCAUUACCUACAUUCAUACUCCUGGGACUGACAGAUGAUCCUCAAAUGCAGGUUCUGAUUUUUGUAUUUCUGUUUGUCUCCUACACAUUGAGUGUAGCUGGGAACCUGACCAUCAUUAUACUCACUUUAGUAGAUUUUCGCCUUAAGACUGCCAUGUACUUUUUCCUCAAAAACUUCUCCUUUUUAGAAACCUUAUUCACCACGGUCUGCAUUCCCAGAUUCUUAUACAGCUUAUCCACUGGGGACAAGACUAUUUCCUACAAUGCUUGUGUUAGUCAACUAUUUUUUGUCUUCCUUUUUGGAACAACAGAAUUUUUUCUCCUGGCCAUCAUGUCCUAUGACCGCUACGUGGCCAUCUGCAAACCCUUACAUUAUGCAACCAUCAUGAGCAGCAGAGUGUGUGGAUGGCUUGUUCUCUGCUGUUGGAUAGCAGGUUGGCUGGUCAUAUUUCCACCACUUUGCCUGGGCUUAAACCUGGAAUUCUGCGACUAUAGUAUCAUUGACCAUUUUUUCUGUGAUGCUUCUCCUGUGCUGAAGAUCUCUUGUUCAGACACAUGGUUCAUAGAACAGAUGGUGGUUGCCCUUGCUGUGCUGACCGAGGUCGGGACAUUUCUGUGUGUAGUUAUGUCCUAUACGUACAUCAUCAAGACCAUCAUAAAGUUCCCUUCGGCCCAGCAAAAGAUGAAGGCCUUUUCUACCUGCUCUUCUCACAUGAUUGUGGUUUCGAUCAGCUAUGGCAGUUGUAUCUUUGUCUACGUCAAACCUUCAGCAAAGGAUGAAGUGACAAUUAAUAAGUGUGUGUCAGUGCUUACUACGUCAGUUGCCCCCAUGUUAAACCCAUUUAUUUAUACCCUGAGGAACAAGCAAGUGAAGCAAGCUUUUACAGACUUAAUCAAAAGAAUUCCAUUGAUAUCAAAGAAGAAAAGGCACGUUGACACUCACCAUAAAAUAUAA